GCUCUCGGCUGGAAUGCCGUCCGUAGCUUAUGGUUAGUGCAGUAUGUGAAGCAGGCCUCGACACACCAAAGACCCUCCGAAUGGACUCUUUGAGCAAUGCGGAGCUGAGCGAGCAGCCCUUCCUCUCACCUCAGCAGCAGCUCCUUUGGUGGGAGCGCCUGCACACCCAGCGCACCCUCCUCUCGGCAGCAGCCCCCGCCAACCCCAACCAACACCCCUUCUCUAACGCCACCAACACGUCAGACGUAAUGAACCAACUUUGCAGAGUCUGCGGCGAACCAGCAGCAGGCUUCCACUUCGGGGCCUUCACGUGCGAAGGUUGCAAAUCCUUUUUCGGGCGGACAUACAACAAUCUGUCGAGCAUUUCAGACUGUAAAAAUAGCGGCCAGUGUGUGAUCAACAAGAAGAACCGCACAUCAUGCAAAGCGUGCAGGUUGCGAAAGUGCCUGGUGGUGGGGAUGUCAAAAAGUGGCUCCAGAUACGGACGCCGGUCCAACUGGUUCAAGAUCCACUGCCUCCUUCAGGAGCAAUCCAACAACAACAACACCAUCCCGCAGGCGAGUCCUUCGCCGAGCAGCAUGCUGGGUGACACGGCAGCGUCCAAACUGUCCAAUUCCAAGAUGGCGUCCAACAACAACGACAACUCCUCUUCGUCCUGGAGUCCAUCGACGAUUCCUCCGCACAAAAAACCGUCCGAGUCGCCACCACUGCUGCAAAGGUCAGUCGGACCUUCGGCCAUCUUCCCGGGCUACAACGCCGCCGCCAACAACGAGGCCUCCCUGGCAGCCUUCACGGCGGCCGCCUUCUGGGCGACCAGGAAGAAUCCCCUGAUGCCCAACGAAAUGCUCAGUCCGCACAGCCAGCCAGGUCUGAUGCCCUUUCUGGCGGCGUCCCCCUUCUCCAACAAGAACUUCCUCUUCCCAUUCAGCCCCUCAUCGACCAAGCAGAGCCCUUUCAUGCCCGUCCUGCCCCCCUCCACAACGAUGAGGACCCCCUCUCCUGCAAGUUCCGCCUCAUCCGCCUCCUCCAGGUCCAGGAACAACUCGUGCUGCUCGUCGCCAAAGGUCAAGGACGAACCUGCAACGAGUCAGCUGACGGGUCUGGCCCUGCUCAGGACCCUGGGCCCCGUCCAGGACCUGCCGAUGGACCUGUCGGCCAGGGCCCAACCGGAGCAACGUAGGGAGAGUCCGGAGAGGAGUCUGGCGGAGGUGAAGAAGGAGGUCGCACCCGACGACCUGAGACCUGCCAAGCCGCCCACGCCACUCGACCUGACGACCAAACUCUGAAGUCUCAGCAGCGUCCAUUAUUGUUCCUACUGCUCUCUCGGCAGUCUCUCUGAUGGUGUGCAGUUCAACGUUUGGCUGUGAACUUGAGAAACGACACGUGUGUGAAUCUAAAGAAAAUUUUACAUUUACUCAAAAAAGCCACAAAAUUCCAGACUAUACACAAAUCUAUGCACAAAUCAAACACCGUAUAUAAUAUAUAUUUAAUACUUGCCACACCAGUCUCCCAAAACAGUCUCAUUUCUUGAAACUGUAAUUGAAUAAAAAGAAUGUCUGUCCAAUACUCGCGCGCGGUUGUGUCCAUAAAUCACAUAAAAUGCUCUCCUACAUUGUAUUUAACAAUGGCACAGUUCAGGGAACUGCAAAAACUGUCUCCAGAGCAGCGUUCAUAUUCAUCAGUUUUUAAUUGACAGUUUAUUAUAAUUAUCGCUAUUUAAAAUGUAAUCAAUCAUUUUUUUUGUCCCAUUUUCUCUGAUUGGUUAAAAAAAUUAACCAAAAUUGUAAAAUUUGAAUCAAAACUAUCCUAAAAAAUCAACGCACUCAUUCAAAACUAAAACGAAUUGGAAUUUCCGAGAAAAUCUUGUUAAAAAGAUUCUAAAUUUCGAAUGGUAAACUAAAGUUGGAUAUUUAAUAUCAUAGCCACAAUGGAAUAAAAAGAUGAAGGUCUUUUUAUUAAAAACUGAUGAAUCUUAACUCUGUCGUGGUUGUUAUAAAUUUUGUUUGUUACCGUGGCGCCGACUUGUCAUAAUAAUUAUGUAUGUAAGUUACUCUAUAUAUCAUUUUAUGUACGGUUUAAUUUAUUUGUUUUAUACGCAUAAUUAUGCCAGUGAAACAGGCCAGUGUUACUUUGUUAAUGUUGUUUUAAAAUCUUGCGCGAAUCAGCCAAGAGUGUAUCAUUGCAUUUAUAAUUGCAUCAAUAUUGUAUGUAAUUAAUGUGUUACUCCAAGAUUAUAAAUAUAUGAGAGAAAGAUAGGCCGGUUGAACGAUCGAAAAAGAGCUCUUCCUUUGAAAAUGCUUUUAUUGCUCAACAACUAAGAAGUACAGGAAGAAAAAUAAAAAUUAUAUCUAU